CAAAGCAAAGGCGAGAAAGAGAGAGAGGAAACGUCCUACAACUAUAUAAAGGCGAAAACUUUCCAUCUACUCUUGACAGUCCAGCGAGAUCUGACACGCGUGGCUCUUGUGACUAGCAACCAUAACAAAAACCACUUUUCUUAAAAUUAUGCGUUUUUCGGUUCUGAUUGUUGUUUUUCUCAUCGGCGUGACGGUGCUGGAGGCCGGGCCAAUCCCUCAAAACAAACGAGCUAAGUGGAAGCCUAAGGCCAUUCGUGAUAAAGAGGCAGCCGAGGCUAAAGCAGCCGAAGAAGCAGCGGCCAAAGCAACUGAAGAAUCAGCUAAAGUAGCAGCGACAACCGAGGAGGCCAAAAAGGCUGAAGAAGUCAAAGCGGUGGAAACAACGGCCCAAAAUGUUCAAGCUGACGAAGUGAUAAUCAAAGCCGUUUCCGAAGACAAGACCACCGUCCUGGCUGACGACGCGUCCACCAAAGUGUGCCAUCCUGAAAGUGAAAAGAAAUCUACAAAGACAGAGGUCGCUGUUGAAGAAAAAACUGAGCAGGUUGAUGCAGCCGUUGUUGCGGCUGAAGCUGCAAUCAUCGUAAAUGAACCCACCGUUGUUGUUGCGGAUGAACCAGUAGCGGUAACAGAAAAAUCUGAUGAAACUGCUGUUACAGUAAACGAAGAACCCGCCGUAGUCAUUGCGGAUGAACCUACUACCGUCGUUGUAGACGAACCUGCUGUUGUCAAGGUAGAAGAAUCAGGUUCCGCCGUAUAAGGUAGCGACAAACAGCGCUGGUCAUCGAGCCAGCACCAUGGUUUAUCACUUGCUGCAGUUCAACAUCCUAAGAAGUAAAAAAAGAAUGUCAUGUAUACGCCAGUAAUCUGAUAACGUCUUUACAGCAUCAAGCCAACAUAAAGAUUUCAUUUCUCGUCUUCGCCCUGCUUUUGUCUUCUGCUCUUUCAUCGCCAAUUGUUCAGACCAUCACAUACGAGUCGUCCUUUUUUUUAUCGUUCGUCCUGAAUAUAACUAAAAUUGUAAAAACAAAGGAAAACAAAAUACAAGGUGAACGUUAUUAUCAAA